AUGACUGACUACCGUGACUCCAGCGGCCUGCGACUCUACUAUAGGCCUGCCCUGCCACAGGUUCAGGAUCUGAGAUUUACAAUCAGUCAUCUAUCGUCAGGUGAGAGCCGCGUGGAGCAGGUCGGGACUUGUCCGGGGACCUGUACAUUCGGGCUCAUCUCCAAGCCCGCCUACGUCAUCAGUGUGUACAACCACAUGCACUAUCUAGGGCGAGCAAUGAAAGUGGAACUCUUCAGAAACGGAAAAAUGAUCAGUGAGCUGUCUAACGAUGAGUUCUAUAGCUACGACAGCCCUGUAGAAUAUGACCACAAGCCCCCGGUUCAAAUCCUGCCUGGGGACGAGAUCAAGACAACGUGUGUGUUCAACUCUCUCUCCUCUGACCGCUGGGUCUACUAUGGCGACGGCACCAACGACGAGAUGUGUUAUGGCUUCUUGACCAUAUACCCCAGGGACGCUGUGCCUUUUACCACGUCCUGUGUAAGCUUUGGUCCUGCGUCCACCUGUGAGAUGUUCGGCCCACAAAAGCAGCCCAUCAACGGUUGUGACUGGAACGCCUUCACGGACGAGAGUCACCCAGAGACGGCCAGACUGUGGCAGGACCUGGAGAAGAACUGUAACCUGGACGGAUUCUGCAGACCUGAAUGCCGAAAAAUUACAGACGAGCUGAAGAAACACCCAUGCAUGCAAGGGGAGGUCGCCGAUCUCGUGAACUUUAGGCUGGCGAGGAAUCACGAGGGGUCAAAGUUCCUUGGACGAGUCCACUCUUGCCCCACGAUGGACCAGAACCCCGGGGACGUAAACUGCAGCAGUCACUGCUCAGACGUCUGCCCUGGUAACGUCAGAGACAACGCCCCCGGAAGUGCUGCCAUGUUUUGGCUAGUUACGUUAUCAUUCGUCCUGGUCCAAACAAUUAAUGUCUUUUCAUGUUAUUGAUCUAUGGUUUGGAACCAUCAAAUCAUGGGGGAAAAUACUUUCUAUAUUUUUAUACUGCUUUCUAUUCAAUAA